UUAAUUAUAACGUGGUGAGCUGUCACUUUUAAUCGUAACCUCUUAAAUUCGGCGGAAAAGAAAUGAUGAGAAGAUUAAUGAGCAAUUAAGCCGUUUGCUCUUUAGAUUCAGAGUUGUGAGAAUCAAAAAGAAUCUUUUUUUAACGAGAUGAAAGGGAAAAACAGAAGUAGAAUCAGCUGAGGUAUCAAAGGAAAAGAGUUGCUUGAAGCAUCUAUAAAAUUGUUGCUCUUUCAAUUGCACGAUGACGGCCGACAUCGAAAAGGAGACGCCCCAGCCGUCAAAAGAUGAUGCGCCCGAAAAGAAACUGGAUGUUUUCGAUAUUGUGGGGGGAGACGGUUUAUGGCAGAGAUGCAUCUUUCUCCUGGUGCUCUUUUUCUCCAUCCCUGCUGGAACGCACAACUUGGUCAUGUCCUUUUUCGCACCUAACCUGGACUACUGGUGCGCGAGACCUGAAGGGUCCAACUGGACACUGGAUGAAUGGAGGAGUAUAGGUUUGCCAGAGGAUGACAAACAAUGUUCUAGGUACAAAUUUGUUAACGCCUCGUAUCCGAUCGACGAAAACAGUACAGUGUUUAGAAGUGACGAAGUCAUUUCUUGUGAUGCUUGGGAAUAUGACACAUCAUUGUAUAAAUCAACUGUUCUUAGUCAGUGGGAUCUGGUUUGUAGUAGAGAAUGGCUGGUGUCACUGUCCAAGUCUGUUUUUAUGGCUGGGACAUUCGUCGCCAGUUUGCUUUUUGGACAAUUAGCUGAUUCGUUGGGCAGAAAACCCACAAUUAUUGCUUGCUGUGCCAUCACAUUGUUUUCCGCCGUGAUCUGUGCCUUCUCCACAUCAUUUAUCAUGUUCAUCGUCACCAGAUUCUUCGUUUCGUUCGGCAUUUCUGGAGUGUAUAACGUCUCGUUUGUUUUACUGAUGGAACUUCUUGGACCCAGCGAGCGAUCCAUUUACGGAGUGGCCAUUAACUUCGGUUGGUGCAUCGGUUUUGUGUCCCUCCCAGGGAUUGCCUGGCUCCUGCGAGACUGGUUCUGGAUUCAAGUCGCUCUGACUGCCCCUUGCGUCAUCCUCCUCACCUCUUGGUGGAUUCUUCCGGAAUCCCCUCGUUGGCUGAUGUCCAAAGGAAGAGUAGAUGAAGCCCUGAAAGUGUUGAACAAAGCUGCAAAAACGAAUGGCAGAAAGCUCUGCGACAUCGACACCAAGCUGAAGAAGAUGAUGGUGAAAGCAACGGAGAUGCACGAAUCGGGUGAAGCCAGCGGGAAUUACCUGGAUCUUCUGCGAACUAAUGGCUUGUGGCAAAUGACACUCAACAUAUACUUCUUGUGGUUUGUCAAUUCCAUUGUCUAUUACGGGCUGUCAUAUAAUACCAACGAGCUGGCGGGCGACGCCUUCGUGAAUUUCGCAAUCUGCGGCGCUGUAGAAUUUCCAGCCUAUUUUCUCACCAUCCCCGCCAUUCGUUCGUAUGGAAGGAAGAACCCUCUGGCCGGUGCUAUGAUCAUUGGUGGAAUAGCUUGCCUUCUCAUGUAUCCACUACCUGCCGAUCCUUGGUGGUUGAGUGUGACAGUAUCUAUGAUUGGAAAAUUCUGUAUCACUUGUUCUUUCGCCAUCGCCUUUGUAUUCACAGCAGAAAUCUUCCCAACAGUGGUGAGGAACAUUGGUCUCGGAUCAGCUUCAGUCUUUGCUCGAAUUGGAUCUAUCCUGGCACCAUUUGCCAGGGAAUUAGGAAAUGCAACUCAUCCUGUGGUACCUCAAGUGGUCUUUGGAGUCCUCGCUUUUACUUCCGGAUUGUUGGUAUUCUUUCUCCCAGAAACAAGUAACGUUAGCGUGCCAGAAACGCUCGCCGAAGCAGCUGCCAGGGGGAGAUCUAAGAAAAAGACCAAAGAAAACGGUCAUCAUGUGACUGUCAAGCUGUCCAACAUGAACGAUGAUAAGGAUGUGAUACAGGACGAUGAACUGACCGUAAUAUCCCCCUCACCGAAGCCACUAGCCAAUGGUAAGAAGCUGGAGAAUGUCCCUGAAGAAGAUGGCCACAACGAAAUAACUAAAAAUAACCCUUCCCCCGAAGAGAAAACGGAACAGCCCAGUCCCGACGAAAGCCAAGAAUUGAUCCCAAAUGGAAAUUCAGAAGUUACUGUACAAAUCGAGAACGCCGAUUCAUCGACUGGCGCUCCUGAUGCGGAGGAACCUGACGAGAAGACAAAUCUUUGAUUCUUUCUUAGGUUGGAAAAAAUCUGCAUACUUUAAGGAAUUGUUUUUUGUUCCACCCCUCAUUAUUACAUACAUUUGGAUGAAUAUUUUUGAUACGAUUUUUAUUGUCGUUUUUUACAUGAACCGGUGAAGAUUAGUGACUUCUUGUAAAUACUGAUGCUAUUCCCAUAUUUUGAAGGAAGUGGUAUGCAUCACUUUGGUUUGAGGCCAUUGUCAGCCGAACUUUUGCUCACUGUUGGUUAUAUAUAUAUAUAUUAAAUGUGUUAGUGUUGUUUCAUAUCUCAUCUUAUUCGUUUUAUUACCAGUAUGCUACUUAUUGAAAAAAUGUCUUAUAUGUUCUAGCCAUUUGUGAGAUUAUUUUCUUAAUAUACUGGAAUUUGUGGUGAAAUUCUUUAUAUAUGUUACCGUUAAAGUAUAUAAUGCAGUUAUUUCAUAGAAUACCUAGUUAUUCCAUGAAAUAACUGAUCGUGUCCUUUAAAGUGUGUAAUAUGUUAUUAAUUUGACACUUUAACUAGUUAUUCUAUGAAAUAACUAGGUAUUCUAUGAAAUAACUAGGUAUUCUAUGAAAUAACUUGUUAUUCUAUGAAAUAACUUGUUAUUCUAUGAAAUAACUUGUUAUUCUAUGAAAUAACUAGGUAUUCUAUGAAAUAACUAAUGAGAGACAGUUAAAGUGUAAAAUAAACAAUUUAUCUAAAAUGAAAUUAAACUAAUGAUAGACAAUUAAAACGAAAAAGAAGCAAUUUAUCUAAUUUAUGCAGCGUAUAAAUGGUAUUUAUGGAAACGUACCCUAAAAUCAUUUGUUACAACAAGGAUUACUAAAAUGACACUUGGAAUUACAAAGAACAUUAUUUCUAAAACAAAAACAUUUUUUUUAUUUCUAAAACAAACAAACGAAAACAUUAAUGCAGUAGGGGUGGAAGGUAAAUAUAUUUGUCGUGCGAGAUAUAUGAUAUAGAUUAUUUUACACUUUAACGGGCUUCAGAUCGUUAUUCUAUGAAAUAACUAGUUAAACCAUGAAAUACAAGAGAGUUUUACACUUUAAUGGACACGAUCAGUUAUUUCAUGGAAUAACUAGGUAUUCUAUAAAAUAACGGAUUUCAUACUUUAACGGUAACAUAUAUAUAAUAUAUACAUAUUUACGACACGCGAAUAUGUUUUAAUUUCGCAGAAGAUUAUUGCUAUUUUCUAUGCUAGUAACAUUGUAUUGAUAUGAACUGUUUAACUCGCCUAUUGAAAUGGUAUACAAGCAAUGAAAAAUUGUAACUUGUUAUUAAAAUGUAACAAUUAAAUUUAGAUAAAAAUACAAAAAGUCAAUAAUUUUUAAGAUAUUUUCAUAUUGCUAUAUAAGCAUAUAUAUAUAUAUUUCUUUGAAAUCUUUUUACUAACGUCAUUUUUGAUAAAUUUUAACCAAUUACUUUUUAUGCAAGUAUUGCUUUCUACUUAACUUAUUGGACACGGCAAAUGGAUGCUAUAUUUGUAUAUACUACCAGAUCAUAAAAUUUCAUCUCAGAAAAAUUUUGUAUCUAUAAAUCUCUAUAUUUUGUAAAAAUAAAUAAAAUCUGAAAUUUGAACGAUUAUUUUUAUGUAUGAUGUGUAUUUUUUUAAACUAAAUAUUUAUCAGGUGCUUAGUAACAACCGAGUGAUAAAUUCCAGAUGUUAUUUUAUCUUU